CAAUAGUAGCGAAGGAGGCUGAACGAGUUGGGAAUCCAGGAAGUGGCCGGUAUUUGGAGAGAGUUUUAGGGCGACUGGGAACAACCGCGAAGGGCCAAAAUGUCGGAAAGGAAAGUAUUAAACAAAUACUAUCCUCCAGAUUUCGAUCCAUCUAAAAUCCCUAAGCUUAAACUUCCAAAGGACAGGCAAUAUGUGGUCCGGCUAAUGGCUCCCUUUAACAUGCGGUGCAAGACUUGCGGCGAGUACAUUUACAAGGGCAAAAAAUUUAAUGCCCGGAAAGAGACGGUCCAGAAUGAAUCUUAUUUGGGACUUCCCAUCUUCCGGUUUUACAUCAAAUGCACCCGCUGCCUGGCGGAAAUCACCUUCAAGACCGACCCCGAAAACACAGAUUAUGCCAUGGAGCACGGAGCCACCCGAAACUUCCAGGCUGAGAAAUUGCUGGAGGAAGAGGAAAAACGCCUGCAGAAGGAAAGAGAAGACGAAGAGCUGAAUAACCCCAUGAAGGUUUUGGAGAACAGAACCAAGGAUUCCAAGCUAGAGAUGGAAGUUCUGGAAAACUUGCAGGAGCUGAAAGAACUCAACCAACGCCAGGCCAACGUGGACUUUGAAUCCAUGCUGCAUCAGUACAAAGAGUUGGAGGAACAGCAGAAACAACGGGAAUUGGAGGAAGACGAGCAGGAAAUGAAAUCCAUGCUGGAGCAAGCUCAAAGCCGGAGGCUGCUGGAAGACUCCGAUUCAGAAGAAGAUCUCCCUCCAGUUCGUCCAAAACCACUUGCAAAAGGGAAACCCACUGACAUCCUGCAACAGGAUUCAGAGCCACAAGCUAAAAAGUCAAAGCUGGAAAGCUGGGAACGGAGUGUGGGAAAACUCUCGGUGAAGACACAACUGUCGGGAUUGGUGGCCGCCAAGAAGAAGCCCAUUCCCGGGAUGGCCAAUGGAUCAGGAAGCCAAGAGGCAACAUCAGAACCAGGAGGCGGAGAGCAGCACCGUCUCGGCGCUUCUACGGCGACCCUGCCCAGUUCAAACACAGGGAUCACUUCCCUAGGCCUUCUGGGGGCUUACUCUGACAGCGACGACAGUAAAAGCGACUGAAUCCUUGAAAAAGAAAAAAAAAGACUUGUGGAGUUGUGAGAAGACCUUCUCCAGCCCCCCUAGCUCACCCCUACUGCGAGGAGAGAACCUUUUCCGUUCCGUGGAAAUGCCGGCUGAAAUCCGGGAUGCCCUCCUCGAUAAGACCGCCGUCGAUCACGUUUCCCGCCCGUCAAGAAGAGCAAAGAGCAUUAUUUCCCC